UUUUUUCUUAGGUUGGUUCAUGAAAAACAUCACAAAAAUAAGAUAAUCCUUUAAUUAAAAAAAGGUAAUUCCUAAUUCUUGGCCAUUUAAUCCCAAAAAAUUGUAACGAAAACAGUGCACAAGAGUAUGAUAAGAGCCGCCAACAAUAAAUGUGGCAUUCAUGAACUGACAAGGGAAUUAGAAUGGCAGAAGAAUGCCAGUCGAAUGAAAUCACAUAUGAAGUUAUUUGCAGUUCUGGACGCCAGGUGGAAAUAUCCAAGCAAGACUGCACCAGCCCGAGUCCCACUGAGAGUGUGUGUAUCAUAGAUUCUGCAGGCCUUUCACAAAAAUUACCAGGAACUUCCCAUAGUAGUGCAGAGGACGCCAUUGAAUCUUUUGAUAGAUUUAAUAUAGAAGACAGUGCAAAUAAUGAUAAACCUUUAGGAUUUAAUGAAUGGGAGUUUGUUGAGGACGAGAAUAAAGAAGAAAAUUGGGAGGAUUGUGCAGAUGAAGAGGUUGUUGAUAAGGAGGACAAUAAUGUGGACGAGCUUCCUUUAGUAAGUAACUGUGCCAGCCAUAAUACCACACCAAAAAGUUCCCUAUUUAAAAGACAUGAUCCUGAUUAUAUAGAAAGAAGUUUGCGAAAAAGGAAACUGGACGUCCACAAUGGCUGUCCGAACAAGAAGGCGGUUCCGGACGCCAAAGAAGAAGACGACGAUGAGACGGAGGAGCCCGAGUCUCCGGGCGAUUCGCAGAGUAGCGGCUCGAGAACGGUCUCUUCUUUUACGCCCAGCAGUCGGGUCGGGUGGCCCGUUAUCCCGACAAAAGACAAUCCGCCCCCAGAGAUGGACAAUUGGCUGGCGCAAUUCACCAAAUGGUCGAACGCCGAGAGGAUUAUGGCGUUGACUGAACUGAUCGCGCGAUGUGAGCCGACCCAAGUCCGUCACAUGAUGCAAGUGAUAGAGCCGCAAUUCCAACGGGAUUUCAUCUCGUUGCUACCCAAAGAGUUGGCGCUGAAAGUGCUGAGUUUCCUGGAGCCACGAGACUUAUUGAGGGCCGCCCAGACUUGCCACAGCUGGAGGAUUUUGGCCGAGGACAAUCUGCUUUGGAGGGAAAAGUGUCGAGAGGCGGGAGUAAUCGGGAUCACUAAGCGGUUAUCAUCGUCGCCGAGGUCCGCCUCUAAGACCGUUUCCCAUUGGAAGGCCGCUUAUAUGCGUCAACACGCCAUCGAAAUGAACUGGAGAUACAAACCGGUAAAAAACCCGAAAAUGCUAAAAGGGCACGACGACCACGUCAUCACCUGUUUGCAGUUUUCGGAUAAUAAAAUCGUUAGCGGAUCGGACGAUAACACUUUAAAAGUGUGGUCCGCGGUCACCGGCAAGUGUCUACGAACUUUAGUGGGACACACGGGUGGCGUAUGGUCCUCGCAAAUGUCCGGUAACGUAAUAAUCAGCGGUAGUACUGAUAGAACUUUAAGAGUUUGGGACGCUGAGACCGGCAUUUGUCGACAUACGCUUUACGGUCACACUUCAACGGUCAGGUGUAUGCAUUUGCAUAAAAACAAGGUAGUGAGCGGGUCGAGGGACGCCACCCUUCGCGUGUGGAACAUCGAUACUGGACAGUUUCUUCACGUGUUGGUCGGCCAUUUGGCGGCCGUCCGAUGUGUGCAAUACGACGGUAGACUCGUCGUCUCCGGGGCUUACGAUUAUAUGGUGAAAGUGUGGAAUCCGGAGACCCAAGAGUGUUUGCACACUUUACAGGGACACACCAAUCGGGUAUACUCGUUACAAUUUGACGGUGUACACGUAGUAAGCGGUUCUUUGGACACGAGCAUCCGGGUGUGGGAAGUGGAAACGGGAGCAUGCAAACACACCCUGAUGGGACAUCAGUCUCUCACGUCCGGCAUGGAAUUGAGAAACAAUAUCUUGGUGUCCGGAAAUGCCGAUUCUACCGUUAAAGUUUGGGACAUUCUUACGGGACAGUGCCUUCAAACCCUCUCCGGUUCGAACAAACACCAAUCGGCCGUAACCUGUUUGCAGUUCAAUCAGCGGUUCGUCAUAACCUCGUCGGACGACGGUACCGUGAAACUGUGGGACCUGAAGACGGGCGAGUUCAUCCGAAACCUGGUCGCGUUGGACAGCGGCGGCUCCGGUGGCGUCGUCUGGCGGAUCCGGGCGAACGACACGAAGUUGGUGUGUGCGGUCGGCAGCAGAAACGGCACCGAGGAAACGAAACUGUUGGUGCUCGAUUUCGACGUCGAUCCUCCUUUCAAUUCUUCCGGAUUCGGUAGAUGAGGACCGAGGAUUUUUAUAUACAUAUUUUUUUUUAUUUAGUGUGUCGGCCAAGACAUUAAGUGAUUCUA